CUGAAUUAAACUACAGUCCAAAAUUAAUAAUAUAUAUUCUGUUGUGUGUGUGUAUUGGGUUCUUUUCUGUUUUGGACAAACAGUUGUGUAAAGUUUUAGUCUGAAGUUUAUAUUUGUAAUACUCAGUUUGUGGAUGUUAUUUUAAAUAAACAAAAAAAAUGGUACUGAGAGUUUGCCCCACGCCAUCCGAUUAAUCGAAUAAACAAUAAUGAUCGAGCAACUAAUCGAUUAUGAAAAUAAUCGUUAGUUGCAGCCCUAGAUUGGACAAUAAUUUAACACAACAUGUUGAAAUAGUAAUUACACAAAAAGUGUGUAGGAUAUUAACACAUACUUUCUAAGAGUGUACAGCAGCUUCCAAUUACACUAAAGUCCAGUAUACAAACGCAAGCUUAGUGUGAAAUCCCUGGAUCCAGUUCAGAGCGUGGAAUACAUAAAAUGCCAUUGUUGUUCUUCUUCGUCUUUUGUGUUUAUUGGCGGUUGGCAGACCACAUUUUGGUGCAUUAUCGCCACCAACUGAACUGGAGUGUGGCGCAUCGAUGGGACCAAAUGUUGUGCUAACCACUGAGACUCAAAGAGGAAGCGACCGUGCAUAGAGUCCAAUGUGCUGAAGCGGCGACGUCAUUACUAACCAAUGAGACCAAUUAUGGGCGGAGCGACACAUGUAGUCCCGCCCUCUGGCCUCGACAAAAGUGCGGCUCCGCCCCGUUCUGCAGGCUGCAGCCAGGAGACAGGACCUUUUCGUAGUUGCUGGAGCUAGCGACCUACUCUCCAGUCCACUACGUGGCGGUAAUACACACUUCAGUUGUCAAAACGCUUCAUUUCAACGAUUUAAUUUUCAAAACGAUUUGGCUCUGAACAACAGAUUAUGGGAACUGAUUUUGUUAACGUCUUCUGGAUUCACUCUCCUGCAGUAGCUAGACAGUUCCUUAACCUCAAUCUCAAAACUAGCUAGUACCAAACUUCAUAUAAAGGUACUUACACAUGUUAUUAUUACUACUACUAUUAUUAUUAUUAUUAUUAUUAUUAUUAUUAUUUACAUUAUUUACAUUGAGGCUACAACAAUUGCUACCUACAUUAAACAUAGCAUUCGACUAAACUGUGCUAACGCGGUGUAAACGGAUUAGCGAAACGCUUUACCAGGAGAGAAGAUAUUCGGUUGACAUCAUACUGUGCAAUUAUUAAAACUGUUUCACUCCUAUAUUAAAGAAAAAACAACAAUUUACGUGCAAUUUACGAACAUGUGAAACAUUUAACUAACUUUUGUAAAUGGGUUAUAUAUAGGAUUACCUGCAGUGGAUACAAGUCUAAACACCCCUGUUAAAAUUGCAGUUGUUUGUGAUGUACAAAAAUAAAUCAUUUUUAAGUAUAAAUCAUAUCAGAUUUUUUCCACUUUUAAUGUGGAACAUGUAAAAAAAAAUUAAACAGUUUUUUUUGGGGGAGGAGCUUACCAUAACCUAAUGGCAUAAGUGUGCACAGCCUUUUAUAAUAGGGCCUGUGACUGUGCUCACACUUACAUUCAAACUUAUCUUCAGAAGUAAUCAUACACCAGUGAUCAGUCAGUACGUUUACAUGGACAACAAUAAUCCGAUAUUAAGACGAUACUCUGAUUAAGAACCUACCAUUUAAACAGCGAUUAUGGAUUACCUUAAUCCGAUUAAAGUCAUACUCGAAGUAAACACAAAUCGAAUUAAGACGUGGAGUACUCCUAUUUAAGUCGCAUUAUCGACCUUCAUUACAGACAUGUACACACCAGACGUUUUCACUGCAUUCUGCGACAGGACACACACACACACAGGAGUGGUCAAACAAUUGACGGCAAACAAGAGAGCACGGCUGCGUCCGAAACCACGUACUUACCUACUAUAUUAGGCGAAAUACAUGUAUUUCUGUAUACUAUAUAGUAGGUAAGUAUGCAGUUUCGGACACAGCCCACGGCUUCAAGCAGUCGUCUGUUAGCACGUAUAGCAUGACAAAUAAUUAACUGUACUUGAAGCUUUUGUUAAAUGAAACACCCAAAACUGUAUACGGUACCAUAACGAAGAUGAACUGUAUGUCGAUACGUGAAAUUCUGGAGGGGACAUUGGACGGUGUGGUGUGGGGAUUAAUCGAUCUAUGUUCUAUAACAUGUAAAACAUGAAAGGAAUAUUCUAAAAGCAACUCAUGUAAACACCUUAAUCAGAAUAUUGUCUUAUUCAGAAGGUGGUCAGUAAUUUGAUUACUGCUGUCCAUGUGAAGUGAUUCUGAUUACCCCAAACUAGAGCUGCUUCUGUUGGAUUUUCUUGACAUUUUCUUGGUUUCCUCUAACAGCUGAAGCACUAGACCGCAAAGAGCUUACAAAGCAUGUAUACUAUCUCAUUGUCAAAAAGUGUCAAUCAGGAGAGGGGUGCAAAAUCAUUUCCAAAAUAUUAAAUGUAUUGUGGAAUGCAGUGAACACCAUCAACAAGUAAAGAAAAUGGGGUACCACAGUAACAUAAAUGAGCACAGGACAUCCUUCCAAAACUGACAAAAGGACAAGACAAAAACUUCUCAGGGAGGCUGCCAAGAGACCUACAGCAAUAUUAAAGAAGCUGCAUGUACUGAUCACUAUUUGCAUGUGACAACAGUCUCUUGUACUCUUCACAUGUCUGGGCUAUGGGGUAGGGUGGCUAGGUAGAACCCCUUUCUCACCAAAAAAACAUCCAAGGCCCCCUAAAUUUUGCCAAUCUAUGUGGCAAAAUGUGUUAUGGUCUGAUGAGACCAUGGUAGAACCUUUUGGGCAUAAUUCUAAAAGAUAUGUGUAGCAAAUGAAUAAGACCGCUUAUCACCCAAAGAGAACCAAACCCACAAUUAAGCACGGUGAUGGCAGCAUAGGGCUUCUUCUCUUCUGCUAUGACUGGAGCUCUAGGGAAGAUGGAGGGAAUCAUGCAUUUCUUUUGAUAACAAUCCUGUAGGCCUCUCUUAGACUAAUGAACAUGAAGAAUAGUUUCACCUUCCAGCAUGAUAACAACCCAAAAACACAAAUCUCAGUAAACAAAGGAAUGGCUUCAGAAGAAGAUCAUCAUCAACAUUUUGGGAAUGGCCCACUCAAAGCCCAGAUCUAAAUCCAAUCCAAAACCUGUGGAAUGACUUGAAGAUAAUUUUUUUUUUUUUACAUCACAAAAACCUGCAAUUUUAACAGGGGAGUGUAGACUAUCCAUUACCUAUUUUGCAUUAUACCACAAUGUUGUUGAAUUCUGGAUUCUGAUUGGCUGACAGAUGCUCUAAGGUGUUCAAUUAUUUUUCAGUUAAUGCACAGCUAAAGUAGUUUAGUCAGGUUUUGACCGAAUUACAGAUCCAUAUCACUUCGCUGAGUUAACGGAACUAACUGAAAAGUUAGCCUACUGUCCACCACAGCACACAACGAACGCAGCACACAACGAACACAGCACACAACAAACAAGAUGACAGACAUAAGCAAGGAAUAUUUGACGACGGGCAGUUGAAUUAUUAGAUAAAUAAUGCGCACCCGACGUAGUAAUGUGGGUACAAGUUGAAGCGGCGGCUUGAGUCAUUGAUAUGCAGUUAUUGGAGAGUGAGAGAGCAAGAAAAAAGAAAGAGAGCACAUGUGAUUGCAAUAAUGAGACACAAAACCGUGUAAACAAGUAGGCCUAUUGAUAUUUAUAUAUUUUAUUUGUUCUAUUUUUAUAUUAUCAGCAUGAAACAAAAAAAAUCUGAUCUCUCUCUCUCCAAUAACUGCAUAUCAUUAGCCAAGUUUCCAUCCACAUUUUGUGCAUUUCUGUUGUCGACAAAGUGAAAGUGCGUGAAAAAAAGUUGGCGAUAAUAAUUCACCAGACCAUCGUCAUUGGCUUAUAGAAGAUUAAUAGAUCCCAUAGUUUGAAAAACACACAAGUCUGAAUACAUUUGAUGUGUUGUUAUACAGGACAUAUACAUGACAAAUAUUAUAUGAAAUGUGUGGAUUAUAUUUUUAUAUUUAAAUUGAUUGACUUUUACUUAAGUUUUAAGAUUUUGCAGUUUUCCAUUAUGAAUGAUGGGUCUGGCUAUAGAAACACAUGAAUUACAUGUUGAUACAACUAGUGUUUAAUUAUAUAUGACACCUUUGAUUAAUUAGUGAAAUAUAUGGGGGAUAUAUAGUAGCGGGACCCCAGACAGAACCGCUUUUACCUGGCAAUUUGUAUAGCUCCGUCUACUGGAUUGACCCUUUUUACUGAGGUCAGUCCAUAAGUUGGUGAUGUUUCCAUAGAAACCUUUGGGGAAAAAAAAUGCAGCCAGCCCCAAGAACUGCCCCACACCUAUUUUGAUCUUGGCUCUCAGGAAAGCUGCAGUUGCUGCUCUCUUUUCAGUUUGCGGACACACCUGCCCAUUGCUGAAGUUUAAACCUAGAUACUGUACUUCCACUCAUCCAGUUGCUCGCUUCAUUGGAUUGGCCGAGAGCUGAAAUUUGGCUGAGUAAACGAUAGGGCCAGCUCCAUGCAACCUCAAAAAGGGGUGUCUCAAUGUGGUAUUCUAUGAAAUUUGGCUCUUGGGUAGGGGCUAAAACACAUUUGAAAAUUACUCUUGCUACCCGGCAACCUGUGCUAUCUGGGAUGGACAGAAGUGGGGUCCACAGUGGACCAGGGUGGAUCGAGUCAGGUUUUUCAAGCAUAUUUCCAGUCCCAGUUCCUUCAGUUCCAGAACCAGCAUUGCCAGAGCCACAGGAACUGCCUCUCUCCAUGGUUUCAAGAGGUUGAGGUAGUAUAUUUGUAGUGUAUCCAGCAUGCAACCUCACUCUGAACCGGAGCUUCCUGUUCCAGCCUUUGUUUGUAUCUUUCCAUAAGGAAGAUGGCGGCAUGAAUUGGCACUGCACAUUUGAGGUUGGCAAAAGUAAAAUGAAAAUACACACUUCUUAGGACCAAUAUAUCAUCCAUACAAGGCUCGUGAUUCAAUAAAAAUCUCUAUUGAGCAAUACAUUCAAGACUGUAUAAUAAAGUAGGAUAGUCAUCAUAAAAUAUUGUCAUGAAUACCGUGAGUAUAGUUUCUUGUGUAAAUGCUACUCGGAAUGAUUUAUUAAUAAAUCCGUUCAUAUCUACCUUGAUAAAUGAGGCCCACUGCUUAUUUUAAGAGUUCAAGAUAGGACUGAAAUGAAGGUAGAGUUCAAGAUCAAUUUUGUUUUUGGCAACAAAAAGAGUUCAAGAUAGGAAAAAAUGGAGGGUCUAAAUCAUGUUCUUCUCUUGCCCUACCCAUCUUCUAUUUAUAUUUACAAGAAACUAAACCAUCAAUGGAAGUCUUUUGGCCUUCUGUUCUUUUACUAGUUACAUAAAUAGUCUAUUGUCUUUACUAGAGAAAGGAGACUGUGUUACAAAAUAUGCAUUACAGUUUCAAGUUUAUAUGUGCAAAAAAUGUCACUAACAGAGCGUGAGAUUCAAAGAUUGCAACAGAAAGUGGCAGAGUCAGAAGAAGCUCUACAGAAGGCAGCACAGUAUGGACUUCAACUCUUGGAUGACAAAAUGGAUCUGCAAAAUAAGUUGGAGGAUCAGCGGAUUGAGAUGACUGCUCUAAUUGAGGGCUUGGAGCAAGAAAAAUAUUCACUGCAGAGAGAAGUGGAACUAAAGAUCCGCAUGCUGGACAGCCUUAGUUCAGAAUUUGAUGUUGUUAAAAACCAGCAGAAACAUCUAUUGGAACAACAGCAAGCAAUGUUGGAGAGGAACCAUGCAGUGGAAUGUGGUGAAUUCAAGAACAAGGUGGAUAAAUUGAAGGGCGAUCUAGAUGAGGCUCAGCUUCUUGAGAAACAGCUGAGACAUAAGUUGGAGUUUCAGUCUCAAGCUUUAACCAGCAAAACUGAGGAGCUUCGCAAAAUGUCAGAACAUUCCCAUGAAACAAUGUCGUCAGAGAUCUUGGAGCUACAAAUCCAGAAGAUGGAUCUGGAAUCAUCUAUGGCUGCCUUAGAGCAGAAGCAUCAGGAAUUGAAAUACAAAGAAGAGCAGCUGGAGCUGGCUAAUUGUAUCCUUCAGAGGCAACUGGAGACACUUGCAAAUACAAAGGAAGAAAAAGAAAACGAGGUCAUGUCACUUUACGGUGCUUUGGAGAAAUCCAGGGAAGCCAACCAGGAACUUCAAAUACAAUUGGACCAGGUGUUACAGCAUGCGCAGGAUCCAAACAGCAAAGGCAAUUCAUUAUUCUCUGAGGUAGAGGACAAGCGUGCUGAAAUAGAGAGACAGUUGAUCAGUGUAAAAGUACAAUACCAGUCUCUUCAAAAGCAGCAUGCAUUUACCAAACAGCAAAUGGUUCGCAUGAAGGUGCAGAUAUCUAAUAUGAUGCAGCUUCAGGGCAUUAGAGCGGACCCAGCCCAGCUUGAGCGAUUACGAGUCAUGCUGUCAGAGAAGAACAAUGAGAUAGAAACCUUGAUGAAGAAAGUGCAACAGUUGCAGAAGUUGGAGGUGGCACUUGAGAAUCAGUCCACUGGUGUCUCCAAGGAAAUAGAGUUUGUGGAUGAGACGUACUACACUGAUCUUUUGAAAAUGCAACUCUCAAAUUCUAAGAAAGCUGCAGAGAAACUAAAGGAGGAAUUAUCCAUGGCCAGAAUGAAAGCUCUUUCUGAGAGCCACAGGGUGCUCGAGUUGGAAAGGAAACUCUUUACUUCCGAGUGUGCUCUAAAGCAAAUGCGCAUUGACAUUGUCAAGCUCCAAGUGAAAAUUGAAGAACUCCAGAUGAAAUAUGAGCCUAAUGAGGUGAAGAAGGCACGGACUCAGAAACGCAAGCAAGAAAAAUUUCCAGUAAACUUACCUGAGGGGUCUGACUAUAGCAGCAUGGAUACUCCAGACAUGAAGACUGAGCCAGGCAAGAGCAAGGCUGUCGACGGAGAAGGCCUCCCUUGUUCAACGGAGAAAGAAUUUUUAACCCCAGUACAGUUAUCACAAGCCACAGGCAGUAGCUCUGUCUUGCUUUGUGACACCAAAUGUGUUCGCAUCUGUGAGAAUGCCCCAGUCUCUAUUCCUGAUUCCUCAAGGUCUUCAGUGAAAGACUGCGUUAGAACAGCCAAGUAUAAAAUGCCAAAAUCGGAUGAGGGACAGGACAACUGCAAGAAGUAUCAAGCACCUGUUUAUGUUGAUUCAGAGAACACCAUGGAAAGACAGUGUGCUCAACAGUAGUAAUUAAGUCUCUACUAUUAAUUUAGCUAAAAUGUUUAGAUUUUUAACUCCUAUUGGACAAUACAUGUUAAUAGACAAUAACUUGUGGUGUGUGUGUGUGUGUGUGUGUGUGUGUGUGUGUGUGUGUAUCCUUUACCAGUCAAAAGUUUGUGGACACCUGACUGAAAUGUUUCUCAUGACUUUAAAAAUCUUUUGAUCUGGUAUAUGAUUAAAUGUUUGAAAUCUGUGUUGUAGACAGAAAUAUAUUUGUGGCAGCGAAUUCAUUUCUUUCAUUAGAAAACUAAUAUUUUAUUUACAAACAAAUAUUUUUUCAAAUGCAUGCGAAAUAUUCUGAGAAAGCAGUCAAUAAUUGUCCAGCAUAGGUGGGAACUCCUUUUAUUACUGUUUAAAAAGCAUCUCGGGGAUUCCUCAAGAAAUUGGUUGAGAAAAUGCCAAGACUACAUUUUUCUUUAAAUUCUAGGCAAAAAGGGAGUCUACUUUGAAGAUGCUAAAUGAUUUUGAUUUAUUUUGGAUUUAUUUAUCACAAAUAUGGAAAAAUGGAAAAAAAUAAAGAAUGAGUGUCUAAACUUUUGACUGGUAGUGUGUGUGUGUGUGUGUGUGUGUGUAUUUAUAUUUAUACUUUAUA